AUGUCGAACCGCAACUAUUUCCACGAGACGCCCAGCGCGUCCUCUUCAGGUUCGAGGAAUGCCUCCAGAAAUACAAGCCCCCCACCCACCUUGUCCGCCAGCUGGAGCGUACCUGCUACAGUCUCACAUGCUGCCGGAGCUCUGGGGGGCCUCUUGAGGAGAUUCAGCACAGAUCCGCCGAAGAGCAAUAGCGACAAUAACUCUCCUGGCUUCCCUCCAUCGAAAGUCAACGACGGUACGAAUGGCGUUUAUACCCCUCCCUAUCGGACUGCCUCACCUUUUCAACCCCCUCCUUUGUAUCCGGUCAGUCUCAAGGGGUGGAACGAGAGUACGCCUGAGUCUGCGAGGUUGUUGACACGAGCGUUGGCGGAGGAGAUACGGUUGCUGGUCCCUGCAAGACUACAACUUUGCGAGGAUUGGAACCUCGUCUACAGCCUUGAGGAGAACGGGGUUAGUCUUGGGACGCUGUACAAGAAGUGUGAUGAUUUAAGAGGACUGAGGAACGGGUUCGUGUUGAUUGUUAGAGAUGGAGAGGGCGGUCUCUUCGGCGCCUACCUAACAGACGCCCCCCACCCAUCCGCCCACUACUUCGGCACAGGCGAAUGUUUCCUCUGGCGGGCCUCCAUCCUCUCCCCACAGACGAUGGCAAACCACCUACCUCCCCCCCCCUCAACCGACACAACCCACCUGCAACGAAGCACCACAAUCGGAUCCUCCGUAUCCUCCCUCCCUCAAACCUCACAAACCUCGUCCACCCUCCUCUCCCCAACGCACCAACCCUCAUUCACGACCAUCCCCUCCCCCACCCACUCGACUUCCUCUCUCGCACCGCCCUCCCCCUCCUUCCAAUCGGGAGCCAGCACCCCCGAAAGAAUACGAUUCAAAGCCUUCCCCUACAGCGGCGUAAACGACUAUCUAAUGCUCUGCGACCAUUCUUUCCUCUCGGUGGGGGGAGGAGAUGGACAUUACGGGCUGUGGCUCGACGAUACAUUUGAGAAGGGGGUUAGCAGCCAUUGUCUGACGUUCGGGAAUGAGCCGCUUAGUGAAGAGGGGGGUAAAUUCUGGGUUGUGGGGGUUGAGUUGUGGAGUAUUGGGAAUUCGUAA